AUGUCGCUGAUCGGCCGACGACUUGGUCUUGUAUUGUUGGGAACUUUCGCCCACAACAGCCCUUUCUCCUUUCAGGAAAGAACCAGACAGUUCAAAGUCACGGCUAUCAAUUCAGCUAAUUUAUCCUCCUCGAACGGAAGCAGACAAGAAGCGAUCAAGGCGCCAGCGCCAGCACCUGGGUUGGACGGUGUUUGGUAUUCUGAACUCUGGAAACCAACAUGUGCAGAAUUUGACUCUUCUGGUAUUCCCAAUAAGUGUCAUAGCACGGAGGACUUUCGGCGCAGUUCCGGCGCAGUCAUUGAACUCACGAAAAGCCUUCGAAACACGCCUUUCGAUACAGAGGGAUGGGUUCGAAGGGCUACUGAGCUUUUGCGCCUGGGGUACCCGGACCUAGCAGCUGGUGAUGCCUACAAAGCCAAAAUCAUCGUCCAGCAAUUACUCCAGGGACUUUCCGACAAGCGUACAGAACUCCCGAUGGACCGAAGCGGGAAACCCUUCGUCCCUGUAAUGGAGUGGCAUAGGGACGUGUACCGGAGGCUGAUAGCUGCUCUCCAAAUGACAGGAGACCAUAAAGGCCUGCUAAAAAUCUGCAAUGAAGGAAAGGGACGAUACCAAGGUAGAGGCGAAGCGGUCUUCGGCUCUGUGAGCUUUUUUGACGAAAUCUUGGAAGCGGAGGCCGCUCGUAUCAAUCUGGCAAAAUCAACGAUCGAGAUAGAUCAAGUCAGCCGCGAAGAGACCAUGUCAUAUAUUGAAUGUGGACACAUUCGACAUUUGCCUUACCCCUUCGUCCCUAAGAAGUUUCUAAGGCGUGGAACGGAUCUCUUUGAAUCGACCCAGACCCUUUUUAGGAACGCAUCGUCAACUUGCAUGCUAGCUCAUAGCCCGAUUGCAUAUUCGUCGAGUAUUCCUCACGACAGCUCAUCUAACGUCCUCGGUGUCUUUGCAACGCGAAACAUACAUUUCGCUGAACGCCUAGUCGAGGAUACCACGAUACUUGCAGCGUGCACAGUCAGCACUACUGCUCCAGCAACGCUAAAGUCAAUACCAAACUCGUCUCGGAUAUGCGAAAAUUGUUACGGUAGUAUACCCACACAAUCAAGACAGCAUGUCUUAUCGAAAUGCUGUAACACACCUUAUUGUAGUGCACGAUGUCGAGAUAUGGCACUUGAUUCUUACCAUAAAGUCCUAUGCGGUCAGAAUUUUGACUGGGUGUACGAAGAAUCGAGGGGAAAGCAAUGGCGGUUUGUCUUGAACGGGCCUAUGUGGCUACGCAUACUUGCUGCAUGUGUGCAGAGCAACUGUCACCCAUUAGAUCACCCCUCGAUUGCAAGACUCACGCCAUUGCACGACAAAAGCGGCAGAAUUUGGACACUCUCUAAUAACAUCAGUACCCCCAUCAGAAUACUAAACCAACUAGGCAUCAACCCCAUAGAAGAUUUCCGCUACGAUACUUGGGUACUACAAACCAUCUGGACCCGCGUCAUCAACAAUCAAGAAGAGCACACGACACCGGACGGCCGUCAGGUGCGAGCAAUCAGUCCACUAUACUCGUUUUUCAAUCAUAGCUGCGAACCGAACACCGGAUGGAGUCCCACCGACAGCUGUACAUGUACGAACGGAAGCACCAAAGACAUCUUUGCAAACCGACAUAUCAGGAAAGGGGAAGAGCUCUGCAUUACCUAUGGCGUAGUCGCCGGGCAUAAGAGUAAGGCCGAACGGCAGAAAGCGAUACAGCCAUGGAUCGGAUCGGAUAAAGAAUGUGGAUGUACCAAAUGCCAGAGGGGAGAUUCCGAUGAGCGGAAAGUGGAGCUGACCAGUCGGGAUCCAUUGCAUUUUCACGGCCGAGCAGGCGUGGACCUUCACUACGGCUUGGUUUGUGCUGCCACACUUGCGAAUGAUGGUUAG